AUGCUCCUUCUGGCACCCGCUGUCCUCACCCUCCUCGGUGCUGCCACGGCGACAAGACUCCCGCAUCAAGCCAGCAACUCCCAUGGCUUGGCCAAGCGUGCCACCCUCCAGAUUCCUCCUCCGAUGCCUGCUCAGUGGCCCUCGAUCGACCAGACCAACUUCAUCACCGGCAAUCUGCUGACCGAUCCUCUUGUGCAAGAUGCCCUUGCCUAUGUUCAGUCGGUGGUUCCAGCCUCGCUGUUGAACAUCCCUCCGUCAACCUUCGUCAGCGGAGCCACAGUGAAGUACAACUCAGAUGUCAAUGCCAACUGCUACUGGCCAUACAACCUCUGUGUCCGCACUGCCGCUGGAAACGGCUAUCAGGCCGAUGUCUACACCUGCCCUCAACCCGGCACCUGGGGAAUCUCCUUUGACGACGGACCCACUGUCGAUCCCGUCACCCACGACGACUCGGCCGCCAUCCGUGCCCAGCUCGACAAGAUGAACAUCAAGGGAACCUUCUUUGUGGUUGGAUCGAACGUCAUCCAGAACCCCCAGAUUGUCCUGGACGAGUACAACGACGGCCACCAGAUCGGCGUCCACACCUGGACACAUCAUCCGCUCACAGCUUGCACCAACGAGCAGAUCGUUGCCGAGAUCAAGUACGCCGAAGCAGCCAUCUACAACGCCACCGGACAGGUUCCGAACUUUUUCCGUCCUCCCUAUGGCGACAUUGACGACCGAGUGCGUGCCAUUGCAAACGCUCUUGGAUAUACCGUCACUAUUUGGAGUCAAGACGAUCUUGCGGCCGACCAAGACACCACCAGUGCUGCGAUCGGCCAGAGUUUGAUCAACAGCGCCACUUCAACCUGGUUCUCCAACUCGUCUGCCAGCUUUGUGUCGCUCAGCCACGACAUCACACCGUUCACCAGCAGCGUCAUCCUCGGGAUUCUUCAGUAUGUCGACGCCAACCGUGCAAGCAUCAAGCUGGACAUUGAGCCCGUUGGCACCUGCGUGAACAAACCUUGGUUUCGCUCCGGGGCCGGAGGGAGUCCAGGCGGCACCAACACCGGCCGCACCAGCAGCCCAACCACCGCGGGGCUGCCGUAUUUCGCUUCGACACAGGCCGCUCCGGUCGUAACGACAACAGGCAGCAGCCCGGCGGCUCCGCCGACGUAUCCAACCGCACUGGCGCUCGCUCCUAAAUCGGCCUCCCAUGCACCGACACGGCUUCUCGAACCUGGGCAUGCGUCGUCGAUUCUUCUGCUCGGUCUUUCGCUGGGGCUUGUGAUCUGCUGGCUGUGA